AUGAAAAAUUGGAGUAUUCGUCGUAAAAUCGAUUCCAAAGAUGAUAUUGUUUAUAAAUUUCCAGACAAUUUUGUACUUCAAUCACGAUCAUGUGUUCGUAUUUUCAGUCAAAAUGGAAAUAUAGAUUUAGUUAAUCAAAAAGAAGCCUUAGUAGCUGAUAAUAUUCCAACAUUGGGGUACGGGUUCUCAUAUGGUUACACGACUUCUUGA